AUGGUCCAAUAUGUCCCACCGCCCGAGGACCUGUCGCACCUCAACCCGAUCCAACGAUACAUGCAAAAGGGCACCCUCGACAGGCAGGACUAUAUCUGGCUCUUCCUUAUUGUUCUCGCCUACUUCACAGCGAGGCCCUACAUCCAAGAAUUGGUCAAGCGCUUCUUCAACCACGACGAUCUGAAGGAAGGGGAACAGAUCCGCAGCGAUUACGAGCAGUCUAAGGCAAAAGUCGGGCCUAACUCUAUUCGAGGCAAUCAACCAGACGAAUCUACUGCCAUAACUGAACUGUUGGACGAGACUGCGGCCUCUGGUAGCAAUGUUAAAAAGAGCGGCAAGGCUGUGAAUCGGAAAACGAAAGACAAGCCGGAACUGGACAAACUUCUGGACUGGGAUGACGAGCCAGAAAGAAAGCCUGUUGAAGGGGAUAAGUCAGACGUUGUGGCAUGGCUCGAUAAAUGGUCAAACGAGUGA